AGACAAUUGUAAAGCCGCUCCGGGCGGCUCACCUGCUCCCGCCUCCCGGAGCCCCGACCCGGCCUCACCACAUCUGCCCCCUCCACUGCCCGCCCCCCCGCCCGAGCCGCGCUGGGCAAGGAGCCGAGCGGGCCACGAGGCCGAGAGAGGAUGUGGCCCGCGGCAGCUGCCCGGAGCAGUGCACGGUGAUCGCCUCCCUCGGAGGAGGAGGAGGCGCCUAGAAGGUUGCCUCAUUUCUUGUUUUUCCCCCCACCCGCGUAAUUACAUUGGCUGCUGGAGGGGACCGGGAGAGACGGAGGAGGCACCUCGCUUCCCCCGUGCGCCCGCCACCCCUGCUCUUUCCUGUCCCGGGCCAGGAUGACUGGAGUCUUUGACAGUCUAGUGGCUGAUAUGCACUCGACCCAGAUCACGGCCUCCAACACAUACCACCAGCACCCGCAGCCCCCGAGCGGUGGCGGCGCGGGCCCGGGCAGCAGCAACAGCAACAGCAGCAGCCUCCACAAGCCCCAGGAGUCGCCCACCCUUCCGGUGUCCACAGCUACCGACAGCAGCUACUACACCAACCAGCAGCACCCGGCGGGUGGCGGCGGUGGGGGUUCGCCCUACGCGCACAUGGGCUCCUACCAGUACCAUGCCAGCGGCCUCAACAACGUCCCUUACUCUGCGAAGAGCAGCUACGACCUGGGCUAUUCCGCCGCGUACACCUCCUACGCGCCCUAUGGGACCAGUUCAUCCCCGGCCAACAACGAGCCUGAGAAGGAGGACCUUGAGCCUGAAAUCCGGAUAGUGAACGGGAAGCCAAAGAAAGUCCGGAAACCCCGCACCAUCUACUCCAGUUUCCAGCUGGCAGCUCUUCAGCGGCGUUUCCAAAAGACUCAAUACCUGGCAUUGCCCGAGAGAGCCGAGCUGGCGGCGUCUCUGGGCCUCACCCAGACUCAGGUCAAAAUCUGGUUCCAGAACCGCCGGUCCAAGUUCAAGAAGAUGUGGAAAAGCGGUGAGAUACCCUCGGAGCAGCACCCUGGGGCCAGCUCUUCGCCACCUUGUGCUUCGCCGCCAGUCUCGGCACCCGCCUCCUGGGACUUCGGUGCGCCGCAGCGGAUGGCGGGCGGCGGCGGUCCCGGCAGCGGUGGCAGCGGCGCGGGCAGCUCGGGCUCCAGCCCGAGCAGCGCGGCCUCGGCUUUUCUGGGCAAUUACCCUUGGUACCACCAGGCCUCGGGCUCCGCCUCACACCUGCAGGCCACAGCGCCGCUGCUGCACCCCAGCCAGACCCCGCAGCCACACCACCACCACCACCACCACCACCACGGCGGCGGGGGCACCCCGGUGAGCGCGGGGACGAUUUUCUAACCCCAGGGAGAACACGCCAGAGACUGAGAGAGCAGAGAACAGUUACCCUCAGAGCUCGCCCCCGAAGGUCCCUCCUUCUGGCCCGCUGUCGCCACCCACUCCUCCCGGAGGUUGCGACCUGUGAUGGCCCGCCCCAGGCUCCACUCCCUCGUGCAGCCACUGAGCGGCCGGGACCUGGGAGGCGUCUCCUCGCCCGGUGGGCUCCUCUCGGGAGAACCGGACAGCGGCGUAACGAAGGCCUCCUCCCCACGGCCGCAUUUCCGACCUGAGCCCGCCUCGGACUUGCCUCCUCUCUCCUCUCCGCCGGACAAGCUGCUCCGGCGCCUUCCUCGCCCCGGGCCAAGAGCAGGGUCCCAGAGAGGGAAGCCUCCCCCGCCCGUGAGCCUUCCCGGCGUUCUGAGGCUCCUUUCUCCUCGCCCGCCCUGGGGCUCAGCUCUAGUCCGCUUCGGUUAUUGACCUCCGGGGUCCUGCGUGCCCGCCCUCCCCCACGUGCCCCCUUGACCCGGGCGGCCCCGCCGCUCUUUUCUGCCAGGCUCUUCCCAGCCCUCUGAGCCCCAUCCCCUCCCCCAGCUGAGCGCUCCUCCAGGCGCACUCCGUUAGCUCUCUCCUUAUCCAUCACCAGUGGAGUUUUUUUAUUUUUAUUUUUUUAAAAGUUUAGGUGCCUUUGCGGAUGACCUCAUUUUGAUGUUGAAAAAAUGAUUUUUUAAUAUGUGAACACUGCAAAAAAAUGCGUUUAAAUUAUCUUUUUUAAAACCUAUUCAGGAUUAUUAGCCUGGACUUGGACACAGUUUGUAAAUAAAGGUGUCUGUGCAGAU